AUGGAGAAGCGAAAAGACGAAAUUGUAAAACCAAUACGGUUGCCAUUGAUGUCGCAAAAGGAGUUUACCUCUGCUGUGUUAAAUUCUCUAUUACCGACUGAUGAAGAGUUUGGCAUCGUUAUGAAAUACUACAGCGAUUAAUUCACGUCUCCUCUAUCAUUCCGAGACAUUCCAAGGCGUAAGAAGAAACACCCAACCGCUCACACGUUCCUGGUUGUAAGAAAGUAAUCUCUAAAGGGCAACUGCGUGGACUUCCAUAGGUUUACUUAGGAGUUCUUAGCGGAAACCCGCUUUCUCGCUGCAAAAGAUUUAACUAUUCUAGUCUUCUAAAUAUCUUUAGGGGUUAUUCUGGCUUCAAUUCUCAGUCGACAAACCCAUCACGUUACUUGUAGUUCAGCACUUUGGCUCGGACGGUGUGAAGAGAACAUAGUAUCUACAGAAAUUAUUGAUACAACAAACAACGCAUCGGUUGCACAUCAAUCUGGAACAUACCCUUCAGGGAUGGACGACAUUGAGAAUUAUUACGGUUUUCAUGUAUCGUUUUACUGUCCUGUUUAUUUGGAGACACAUAAACAGUACAAGGUGCAGUCGAUUGUCGACGAUCCUAUCUCAUGGAGCGGAAAACAAGGACAGACAUUUGUGGAAUCCGAAGGAGUGCGAUUCACUUUCAGUGAUGCAGAAGAUGGUACAGCUGAUGACACUUCCGUAGUGCACGGCUUAUUUCCAGCUUUUCUCUUGUCUUAAUAAUAUCACGAGUUCGGAAGAUGCUUCAGCGGACGAUACUCAUUCUUAUCAAGACCUCGCGCGCUUAUUUUCCCAACAGGUACCAGGGGCAAAUAAAUAACUCGCCUUUUCCAACUUGAAACAAGUAACACUAUUACCAUGUUUGGUAUACAUUAAACAGAUCAAAACGAGGUUGUUUCUUCACUUAUUAUCAUUAUUUGUAUCACUUGUCUGUUUGAUCAACUCGCAGAAUGUCUUCCAAUCAAUUACACUAUCUCCAUUAUUCUAUCUAUGUCAAUCUAAAACCUUAUCUUCAAAAUUCCCGUCUUCUUCCUUUUCACAUAUCAUUUAGGUCACAAACUCAUAUUAAAUUUAUUCAUCAAGCAAGCAUGUAUCGUCGUCUUUUAUGUUGAUCGGGUUUAACGCAUGGUUGCGUCGGCGUCGAGGGACCAAUUUGGGAAAAUAAUUGGAAGCACGAAAUUUCUUGUUAAUUUACAUUUUACUUCAAUUUGCUUUUUAUCCUGAAGUGCGCAGUUGAUUUUUUAGUUUGCCGACCUUCCUAAUUGUUGUUUAGUCAAAUGAUGCUUGACAAGACGAAAGGAUUCUAAAAGAAUACCACUUAGUUGAGAAACACAUGCGUAACACGUGAAUUAACAGCUUUUAAAAUUCCUUUUGUCUUAAAUAGAACAAUUGCAAACUUGUGGUGACGAUUGCUGUUUGAGCUAUUAAGCACAUCAUAGCCAGGCUGCAAGCAAGCCCUUUACCUCCUAACUAGCGCUUCGGUACGAACCUUCUUUGCCCAAGACGAGCCGACGAGAGGUAUACAAUGGGGAUUCAAGAUGACAGGUCCUGUCAUUUUUCACCAAUCAGAAUUUGUUUCUUUUGUUUCUUUUGUUUCUCGCACUUUUUUAAUUCAAGCAGCUGUUGUUUCCAAUAGACCUUAUUGAAGAGGAUUACUUAAGUACAUGUGUAAGCGCGGUGAAAGAAGAGCAUGGAAGUAGGCUGGCAGACGAAGCUACAAGGUCUCGUAGAAAGAACCGCGUUUAUUUUCAACAACGAGUUAAUCAGCGAUGUAAAAUUUGUCGUCCCAUUUUCGCCUAGUGAAAUUGAAUUACGUACGAAGGUAAUCCCAGCUCACAAGUUUGUGCUCGCCAUCAGUAGUCCCGUGUUCUUUGCCAUGUUCUAUGGUCGAAUGGCAGAGACUAAAGACUCUAUUGAACUGACUGACUGUGAUUAUGAGAGUCUGUUGGAGUUGUUCCGUUUCUUGUACAGCGACAAAGUGAAUUUAAGGGAAAGUAAUGUGAUGCAAGUGUUGUAUCUGGCAAACAAAUACAUGGUGCCUUCACUCGCCGAGAAAUGUUCAGAAUAUCUCCGAGACAGUUUGACAGCAUCAAACGCGUUCAGUAUUCUGACGCUCGCUCAUAAAUUUGAAGAUAAAAAUUUGGAGUAUCGAUGCUGGAAAGUUAUUGAGAAGCAGACAGAAGAAACUGUGAGAGGAGACGAAUUUGUUACAGUUGAUCGAUCUGUAGUUGAAUCUGUCGUGAAGAAAGAAGUGUUGAAUGUGACAGAAGUGGAACUGUUCAAAGCUGUUGAUCACUGGGCUACGAAAGAAUGUGAAAGGCAAGGAUUAACUGUUGAUGGAGAGAGCAAAAGAAGAAUUCUUGGAGAGGAGAUAAUUCGAGCAAUACGAUUUCCGUUGAUGUCACUGAAGGAGUUUGAGUCAGUUGCGCUCGACUCUAAUAUUCUAACCAUCGAUGAGGUACGAGACAUAAUGAACCAUUUUAAGGGCGCUUUAAAAUUAUCUUUGCCAUUUAUGGACAGCGCCAGGAUCCAUUUCCGUUGUAACCGAUUUCCAAAAUUCAAUGUACCGGCCGGAAGUGGCUGGUACCACAGUGGAGCGUACAGUGUAAAUUUUACCAUCAACAAGCCUUUAAAGCUUCUUGGAGUGGAACAGUUUGGCUCAGAAGAUGGCGAGUAUACCGUGUCUACUGAAGUUAAAGAUACAGCCCACAACUCUUGUCUUGGAAAAGUAUCAGGAACGUACACUUCAGUAAAGGACGAUACGGACAUCUACUUUGGCUUCGAUGUAAUGUUCAAUCGUCCAGUUUGUUUGGAGGGAAAUAAACAGUACACGUUGGUGUCAGUUGUAAAGGGUCCUGUGUCAUGGUACGGAGAAGAAGGACAAUUGUCCGUUGAAUCCGGAGGGGUGCAGUUCACCUUCAGUAAUUGUACAUUCAAGAAUGAUAACGGUCACAGCUCAGUGACUUCAGGCCAGUUUCCAGCUUUCAUUUACAGCUAAAAUUUGGUUACAGUACGUAACAGAAUCACUAUUUGGGGGGACAAGUCGUUAUUCGUGGCCGAGGGGGUGGGGUAGACGAUUUGGGUGGAUGAAGGAUCUCGGGGGUUCACGUGGUUUUCAGGGGGAUGAAUAAUGACCGGUCGCUUGAGCGUUUUCAUAUUUCACUCCGAAAUUAGAGGUCUAUGAGCCAUGUGAACAGGAUGGUGUCCUGGCGGUUUUAGGAUACUAAAUACUUGUGAUGGGUAAAAUAAUUCACCUCUCAGAAAAAUUACACCUUGAUAUUCAGAACCAAAUGAAUCGCAAACCAUAUAUGGUUUGCACAAAUGUAAAGCUGCCCAAUAAAAUUAGAUUUUUAUAAGAUGUAGCAGUUUUCUAUUAGGUGUCGAAAGUAAGGCGUGAUUGCUUUGAUUUUGAUUCGCUACUCCUUAAGCUUCGUCCAUAAAAUUGGCGCUACUCUUGACCAAUUGAAUACAGAAUUGAAAGCAACUUGGCCUCCUGCGAUUCUCUUGCUCCUCUGGCACUAUGCCACCACCCCACGCAGCAAACAGUGAGCUGUUCGUAAAAAUUUCUCCCACACGUUGCAAAAACAUAUAAAGGAUAAUAAACAUAAUAUACGUGGCCUCCAUUUUGGCGAACGCUCUUAUAUUUUAUCCUUGGGCAUUAUCUGUUCCUCGAAGCUCACAGUUUCCUCGAGCAUCCCUCAGAAAACUGUUCGCUUCUCAGAAAACUGUUCGCUUCUCAGAACAGAUGUUCGUGAAUAUCCGUUCAUAUUUUCGCGCCAAAUGGAGGCUAUUGUUUGUCUAUUGCUCUGACACGAUGUGGCGUGACAUGGAAUAUUUUCUUUCAAUCACAUUGCAUAAGCGGCCAAUAUUUGCCGUGAACAUUGUUUACAUCGUCAUAGUAUAUCUAUUAGAAAGGCUAGACCUGAUCGGAAAGUGACGAUGGCUGUUGUGGAUGAAAACUGGCAGACGGCAUUAUCAACUAUCACUCAGAGAACUACGUUUAUUUUCAACAAUGAGUUAUUAAGCGAUGUGAGGUUUGUUGUUCCAGUUUCGACUAAACAAGGCGGAAUUUACAUGGCGAUCCCGGCUCACAAGUUUGUGCUCGCCAUCAGUAGUCCUGUAUUCUUCGCUAUGUUCUAUGGUCAAAUGGCGGAGACUAAAGACUCUAUUGAACUGCCUGACUGUGAGUACGAGAGUUUAUUGGAGUUUUUUCGUUUCAUGUACAGCGACAAAGUGAAUUUAAGCGGAAACAAUGUGAUGCAAGUGUUAUACUUGGCGAAUAAAUACAUGGUGCCCUCACUAACUGAGAAAUGUGCCAAAUAUCUUCGAGAAAAUUUGACAGCAUCCAAUGUGCUAUGUGUUCUGCCGCAAGCUCAGAAAUUUGAAGAUAAAGAUUUGGAAGAUCGCUGCUGGAAAGUGAUUGAUAAACAGACAGAAGAAGCUGUGACGUCAGAUGAAUUUGUAACAGUUGAGCGAUCUCUACUUGAAUCUGUUGUAAAGAGAGAACUACUCAAUGUGAAAGAAGUGAAAUUAUUCAAGGCUGUUGAUCGAUGGGCCACCAAGGGAUGUGAACGAGAAGGGAUCCUCCCUGAUGGACUAGCGAAGAGACGAAUUCUAGGCGAAGAGAUCGUGAAAGCAAUACGGUUUUCCAUGAUGUCGCAGGAGGAGUUCGCUACAGUUGUGACUGAUUCUCACAUCCUCAACAUGCAAGAGGUUGAAGAACUGAUGAAACAAUUCCGUGAGGAUACAUCAGUAUCAUCUGAGUCAUUCUUGAAUGUUUCAAGAGCGCGAUGCCUUAAGUAUGUCCAUCGAUGUAGUAGAUUUACAACGAUUGUACCUCAAUCUUAUGACUCCGGGUGGGGAUAUACACGCGGUAUGUCUGAUAGCCUUUCGUUCUUUGUUAGUAAUCACAUAAAUUUACAAGGAGUUCAGCAUUUUGGGACUGAAGGAGGAAAAUACACAGUUUCUACUGAAGUCAAGGAUGCCACGGAUGACUUAUCUCUCGCAAAUCAGUUUGGAUUUUACUCAGCAGCGAUGAAUAACACUAAUCAAUUCUAUGGAUUUGACGUAUUGUUUGACAUACCAGUUUGUUUAGAGCCAAACAAGGUGUACAAGGUAAAAUCGUUUGUCACUGGCCCAAAUUCGUGUUACGGGGACAAAGGGAAAAUCUUUGUUGAUUGCGAAGGAGUAAGAUUCGAGUUCUGUGAGGGGGGUGAUAAUAACGGAACGUCUGUGAAACGGGGCCAGUUUCCUUCUUUGAUUUUUACUAAGAUAAGAUGA